GAUGAGAUGGAGGGAUGGAGAGAUGCGGGACAGAGCAGAACAGCAGGUGGAGACUGAGCACACCAGCCUAGCACAGAGACUAAGACCGACCCCCACAGAACAUAGCCGAGCUAUUUGCGGUUAAAAACAGAUAGAAGCUGCAGAUAAAUGUAAACACGAAGAGUUGAAAGACAUGCAUCGAGUCGUGUCAUCUAGAACGGCCCUGUGUAACAGAGGGAGAAAGACGGCGUCUGUGUCGCGUCGCUCAGAGGUCGCGGUGACGUCUGUGAUCUUCCAUCGCUGGGUCUGUCAGCGCACAGAGUAACUCCUCCGUCACCUGGUAGCAUGCAGGGUGUGGAGGGGACUAAACGCACUCAUUUGGAACUAGAUAGCGUCGGUUUAGGAAACAAUCGUUAAAGCGGCAGCCAGCUAUGGUUGACCCGUCUGAGCCAGAGGACCAGACCAAGGAGAAACAGAUGGAUGCCCUGCCGGUGGCCUCUGCACCCACCAGACUACCAGACCAGGCCUCUGCACCCACCAGACUACCAGACCAGGCCUCUGCACCCACCAGACUACCAGACCAGGCCUCUGCACCCACCAGACUACCAGACCAGGCCUCUGCACCCACCAGACUACCAGACCAGGCCUAUGCACCCACCAGACUACCAGACCAGGCCUCUGUACCCACCAGACUACCAGACCAGGCCUCUGCACCCACCAGACUACCAGACCAGGCUGAUGGGAAAGCAACAGAGGAGGGCGAGUGUGUGGGUGGCAAUGAUGCAGAGACCACACCCAUACACUCUGCUGGGCUGGGGGAGAGGAUGGUAGCUCCUCCCCCUGUUGCACAGGAGGCCAGUCCUCCCAGUCCAAACAACCAGCCCCAGCUUCAGGGCCCUCAGGACAGGCAGCUUCAUUCUCCAAGCCCUCCAGACUUCCAGCCUCCCAGUCCACACACCCAGCUCCAGCUUCAGGGCCUUCCAGACUUCCAGCCUCCCAGUCCACACACCCAGCCCCAGCUUCAGGGCCCUCCGGACAGGCAGCUUCAAUCUCCAAGCCCUCCAGACUUCCAGCCUCCCAGUCCACACACCCAGCUUCAGGGCCCUCCAGAUUUCCAGCCUCCCAGUCCACACACCCAGCUCCAGCUUCAGGGCCCUCCAGACUUCCAGCCUCCCAGUCCACACACCCAGCCCCAGCUUCAGGGCCCUCUGGACAGGCAGCUUCAGCUUCCUCACCUUGCCCCUCCAGACUUCCAGCCUUCCACUCCACAUACCCAGCUACAGAGCCCUCAGGUCAGUCUGGAGGCAGCAACCCCCCUGUCGAACAGCAGCCAAGCUCUGAACCCUCUACCUCAAGACCUCCAGCCUCCAAGCAUCGACCCAGAGCCCAGAAAACCAUGCCCCAAGCUGCACCUGGACCUAUAUAACUUCGACACCCCGGUGGCAGAGGGAAGCCGUUAUGUCCUGACCAGCCCCCGCUCCUUGGAGGCCUGCGCCCGCUGCGGGGUCAAACCCGUGGAGAUCUUGUCGCGCCCGUUGUCAGACUUCGCCCGUGAGGCCCCGGGACGGUCCAUGCGCGUGGCGACGGGCAUGUUUGAGGUGUAUGAGAAGGACAGGCACGCCAAGCUGAGAGCAUGCCGGGAGGAGAGAGAGAGGAUCAUACGGGAAGAUAAGAGGAGAAUCCUUCAGGCUGCAGUCAACGGACAUGCUGCAUCAUCAACAGAGGAACAGCACAGAGCACCAGUCACAUCCAGCUUAACACCGCUAUCUAAACCAGGCCCUGUGGCCUCUAGUCCUACUAAAUCUAAACCUUCCCCCAGUAGUACAGGACAGGCCUCUAGAGCUGCUUCUACAACACCAGGUCCAAGCAUUAAUAAAACUAGUACAAAUCUUCUAGCUAAAAGUAGCUCUCUGCAGUCUUCUAAGACCAGCUCAUUCAGCUCUGCGUCCUCAUCAUCUAAAGGUCUGGACUGUGGUUUUGGUUCUGCUAAACAUACUAAAUCCUCAGAACUAACCAGGGCACCCCGCCCUGUCUCAGGUCCACCUCCAGUGGUCAGAAAGACCCCCAGCAGCAGCAGCACCACCACCACCACCACCACGCCGAAAGCCUCCAACACCUUCCCCAGAUCAGCCUCCAAACCUUCCUCUUUCCCCAGAACAACCACCUCCAUGACAUCCACCAUCUUCAAGAGUUCCGUGCAGAGCCCAGUCACCCCGACUACAGCAGCUCUCAAUGGCAUCACAGGGGGUCUAGGAGGGCCGUUCCCUCACCACAACGGCCAACCUGUGUCCACUCCAAAGGGCAGAGGGAAGAGCCACUCCCUUGAGUCCCUACAAAGGAGGAUGGAUACAAUCUCCACCUCUACCACCACCUCCACCACCACCUGCACCUCCUCUGGAGAGGAGUCCGGCGCCUCCUCCUCCUACAGCUGGGAUGGACCCAGAGACCCCUGGGCCAAGUCCUCCUCCCCCCGUGCCCGCACCCUGGCCACCUUCAACUCCUUGAUGGGGAGGAGCCUUAGCCUUGGGGACCUCAGCCACUCCCUCCAGACCACCCAGAAGGUGGAGCGUAUCGUCAAGGAGGUGCGGCGGCGGGGGCUGAAGGCGGUUCCGGAGCGGGACAGAAAGAUCGCUGCUCUGAUGCUGGCUCGGUACCAGGAGGAGGACAUCAUGAGCCAGACGCGCUACGUGGCUCACCUGCAGUGGGACAGCGAGAAGCGCCUGGGAGACCUGCAGCGGGAGCGGGAGGACCGGGAGAAGCAGCGGGCGGUGCUGCAGUGCCAGCGGGCGUGGCAGUCGCAGGUGUCCCACCGCCAGCGUCGGCUCAGCCAGCAGGAGAGAGAGUCGUCGGCCGCUAAGCUGCGUCAGGUGGCGGAGAGCGAGGAGCGGUGGAGGGAGCUGGCAGAGCUGCAAGAGCGCAGUAGGCAGCAGAGGCUCCAGCAGGCUGCCAGGGAGGAGAAACAGAAGAAGGAACAGCAGGAGCAGAACCUCAAGGCUCUAGAGGAGGACAGGGCUGCAGUGCUGGAGCAGGAGCAGCUACUCCUCAAGGAGAAACUUACCAUUGCUGAGCUGAAGAAGCAGGAGAAGGAGCACCAGGCCCAUGAGGAGCGCCGGGGACUGAACCGGGCCGAGAGGAGGCGCCACGCAGCCCUGAUCAGGGAGAUCGCCCGGAGAGAGGAGGAGGAGCGGGAGGAUGCACGGAAGGCUGCUGAGGAGAAGCUGAGCCGUUCCCUGGAGAACUAUGAACAGAUCGUAGAGAGGAGAGACAAGGAGCUGAAGGAGAAGGCUAAGAGGGAGGAGCAGCAGAUUCAGAAGGCAAGGAGGUCUGCGGAGAAGAGGGAGAAACAGCAGCAACAGCAGGUGGAGGCCCGGGCCAAGGAAGCAGAGAGACGGGCCCAGCAGGCAGCUUUGGUGGCAGAGGAGAGGGCCAAGGAGAAAUCCCAGAGAGCAGUACAGAGCAGGCAGGAGAAGGAGAGACUACAACGACUCAACAGACAGCGUGUGGAAGGGGAAGAGCUAGCCAGGAGGAUGGAGCUCCUCCAGUCCAUCGAGAGGAAGCUGGAGAAGAGUGAGCAGAUUUUCAGGGAGAAGAGAGCCGUGCUGGAGAGCGCUCGCUCUACCGCCCGCGCCUCCUUCCACGUACGGGACCGGGUCAGGGAGGAGACCAACAUGAGGACCUUUGAUAAGAUGGAUCUAGAGGCCCAGUUCCAGUUCAAAGCCAGCCUGGAUGACAAGUGAUGAGGCACAACUUCAUGCUACUGGUGAACUACUGGUUACUGGUAACUACUGGUUACUACUAGUUACUACCCUGGACUACUGGUUCCUGGUAACUACUGACUACCCUGGACUACUGGUUACUACCCGGGAUUACUGGUUCCUGGUAACUACUGACUACCCUGGACUACUGGUAACUACUGGUUACUACCCUGGACUACUGGUUCCUGGUAACUACUGGUUACUACCCCGGGACUACUGGUUCCUGGUAACUACUGACUACCCUGGACUACUGAUUCCUGGUAACUACUGACUACCCUGGACUACUGGUAACUACUGGAUACUACCCGGGACUACUGGUUCCUGGUAACUACUGACUACCCUGGACUACUGGUUACUACCUGGGAUUACUGGUUCCUGGUAACUACUGACUACCCUGGACUACUGGUUACUACCCUGGACUACUGGUUCCUGGUAACUACUGGUUACUACCCCGGGACUAUUGGUUCCUGGUAACUACUGACUACCCUGGACUACUGGUUCCUGGUAACUACUGACUACCCUGGACUACUGGUAACUACUGGUUACUACCCUGGACUACUGGUUCCUGGUAACUACUGACUACCCUGUACUACUGGUUCCUGGUAACUACUGACUAGCCUCAACUACUGGUAACUAAUGGUUACUACCCGGGACUACUGGUUCCUGGUAACUACUGACUACCCUUGACUACUGGUAACUACUGGUUACUACCCGGGACUACUGGUUAGUGAUAACUACUGACUACCCUGGACUACUGGUAACUACUGGUUACUACCCAGGACUACUGGUUCCUGGUAACUACUGACUACCCUCAACUACUGGCAACUGCUGGUUACUACCCAGGUCUACUGGUUCCUGGUAACUAUUGACUUCCCUGGACUACUGGUUCCUGGUAACUACUGACUACCCUGGACCACUGGUUCCUUGUAACUACUGACUACCCUCAACUACUGGUAACUAAUGGUUACUACCCGGGACUACUGGUUAGUGGUAACUACUGACUACCCUUGACUACUGGUAACUACUGGUUACUACCCGGGACUACUGGUUACGACUAGUUAAUGCCCUGGACUACUGGUAACUGCUGGUUACUACCUGGGACUACUUGUUCCUGGUAACUACUGACUACGCUGGACUACUGGUAACUACUGGUUACUACUAGUUAAUACCCUGGACUACUGGUAACUACUGGUUACUACCCUGGACUACUGGUUCCUGGUAACUACUGACUACGCUGGACUACUGGUAACUACUGGUUACUACUAGUUAAUACCCUGGACUACUGGUAACUACUGGUUACUACUAGUUAAUACCCUGGACUACUGGUAACUACUGGUUACUACCCUGGACUACUGGUUCCUUGUAACUACUGACUACCCUGGACUACUGGUAACUACUGGUUACUACCCGGGACUACUGGUUCCUGGUAACUACUGACUACCCUGUACUACUGGUUACUACCCGGGAUUACUGGUUCCUGGUAACUACUGACUACCCUGGACUACUGGUAACUACUGGUUACUACCCUGGACUACUGGUUCCUGGUAAAUACUGACUACCCUGGACUACUGGUUACUACCCGGGAUUACUGGUUCCUGGUAACUACUGACUACCCUGGACUACUGGUAACUACUUUCUAGCCUGGACUACUGGUAACUACUGUCUAGCCUGGACUACUGGUUCCUGGUAACUACUGACUACCCUGGACUACUGGUAACUACUUUCUAGCCUGGACUACUGGUAACUACUGUCUAGCCUGGACUACUGGUAACUACUGGUUACUACCCUGGACUACUGGUUCCUUGUAACUACUGACUACCCUGGACUACUGGUAACUACUGUCUAGCCUGGACUACUGGUAACUACUGGUUACUACCCUGGACUACUGGUUCCUGGUAACUACUGACUACCCUGGACUACUGGUAACUACUGGUUACUACUAGUUAAUACCCUGGACUACUGGUAACUACUGGUUACUACUAGUUAAUACCCUGGACUACUGGUUCCUGGUAAAUACUGACUACCCUGGACUACUGGUUACUACCCGGGAUUACUGGUUCCUGGUAACUACUGACUACCCUGGACUACUGGUAACUACUGUCUAGCCUGGACUACUGGUAACUACUGUCUAGCCUGGACUACUGGUAACUACUGGUUACUACCCUGGACUACUGGUUCCUGGUAACUACUGACUACCCUGGACUACUGGUUACUACCCGGGAUUACUGGUUCCUGGUAACUACUGACUACCCUGGACUACUGGUAACUACUGGUUACUACUAGUUAAUACCCUGGACUACUGGUAACUACUGGUUACUACUAGUUAAUACCCUGGACUACUGGUAACUACUGGUUACUACCCUGGACUACUGGUUCCUGGUAACUCCUGGUUACUACCUGGGACUACUGGUUCCUGGUAACUACUGACUACCCUGGAUUACUGGUUCCUGGUAGCUACUGACUACCCUGGACUACUGGUAACUCCUGGUUACUACCGAGGACUACUGGUUCCUGGUAACUACUGACUACCCUCAACUACUGGCAACUACUGGUUACUACCCCGGCCUACUGGUUCCUGGUAACUACUGACUUCCCUGGACUGCUGGUUACUACCCGGGACUACUGGUUAGUGAUAACUACUGACUUCCCUGGACUACUGGUUACUACCUUGGACUACUGGUUCCUGGUAACUACUGACUACCCUGGAUUACUGGUAACUACUGUCUAGCCUGGACUACUGGUAACUACUGUCUAGCCUGGACUACUGGUAACUACUGGUUACUACCCUGGACUACUGGUUCCUGGUAACUACUGACUACCCUGGACUACUGGUAUCUACUGGUUACUAGUUACUGCUGUUAACUACUGGUUACUACCCUGGAUUGCUGGUUACUACUGGUUACCAUGUGCUUGGCUAUAGCCAGGGUUGGACAGGUUACUUUGUAAAUGUAAUUCGUUACAGUUGCAAGCUACCUGUGCAAAAUCUACUUUUGGAUUACCCAAACUCAGUAACGUAAUCUGAUUAUUUUGGAUUUCUUUUCCCUUAAGAGGCAUUAGAAGAGGUCUAAAAGGAUCCAUCCAACACAUGGUGUCUGAUUGGUGGUCAUCAUUUGGUGUGUCAUCAUAGUGCUCUCUGAUUGGUGGUCAUCAUUUGGUGUGUCAUCAUAAUGGUGUCUGAUUGGUGGUCAUCAUUUGGUGUG